AUGAAAGUCAAUAACGUAACAAACUGGAUUGUGAUCGACCGACAGGCAAGCUCGUUGUUUAACGAAAUCGCAGACGGCACCUUUAAAAACACAACUGCUGGAAAGGACGAAUGGAAAUCUCUUAUCAACGGAUCGUCUUUGCAGGAAAACUGUAAUAAAGAAGGGUAUAAUUUCCAUAAAGGACACAGCGAUGUCGAAUCUGGAUUCAUAUACAUGAAAAUACGAAUUGGUAUCGUGGCAAAUAAUCAAAACGACUGCGAUACUCCUAACACGUGUAUUGGCUUUGGUAUUUCAGCGAGAGGAUGUCAUAUCUAUGCAAGAAACACAACAUGUGGUAAUCUGGCUAUUUGUGGUUGGUUUAAUAAUACAAACACUGCAGCAUUUGGAUUUAUACUUGUACAGUAG